AUGCAUAAUACAAGCAUACUGCAAGCCAAUAAGAAUAAGAUUCUGCCUCUGGGGUGGCCUGAGCACAUUCUGUACCACCUGGAUCGAUUUGGAGUGAGAAGCUACAAGGUUCUUAUCCUGAAAGUGGAGUUUGGUGAGGCAGAGAAGCUUUACAUGCCAACUGAUCACCCUGUUUUCCAGCUCAUGCCCCAAGACUUUGACAUUCAAAUAAUGAUUGUUUAUGAGGAGAUUGGGCAGCUGAGAGUAACCACGCAGUCAUUUUGGCAGAUCUAUCUCCAAUUGCAAGAUGCCCUUGCUGGCAGCAAAGACCUUCGUGAAAGUCUAGCAAGCCAAGAAGAGUGGGAAAUCAGAAUUUGCCAUGAGCACAUGGACCUGGAGAACUCUGUGAGGGAGAGUGAUGAGGAUGGCAAUGGGGAAGAGGAAGAGGAAGAGGAUGUCAAUGUUAUGCAAGAAGUGGAGGACUUGUAG